AUGUCAGAUAACGAUGAUGAUUACAUGUGCGAAGAGGAGGAGGACUAUGGUUUGGAAUAUUCAGAAGACAGUAAUUCAGAACCAGAUGUUGAUCUUGAAAAUCAGUACUAUAACAGUAAAGCAUUAAAAGAAGACGAACCAAAGGCUGCUUUAGUGAGCUUCCAAAAAGUCCUGGAACUUGAAGGUGGUGAUAAAGGAGAAUGGGGCUUCAAAGCCCUGAAGCAAAUGAUAAAAAUUAAUUUUAAACUGGGUAAUUUCACAGAAAUGAUGGCCCGUUAUAAACAAUUACUCACAUAUAUUAAAAGUGCUGUCACAAGGAACCAUUCAGAAAAAUCAAUCAAUUCCAUUUUGGACUACAUCUCUACAUCAAGAAAUAUGGAGUUACUUCAAGAUUUCUAUGAAACUACAUUAGAAGCACUGAAAGAUGCAAAGAAUGACAGGUUGUGGUUCAAAACAAAUACAAAGCUUGGAAAAUUAUACUAUGACCGAGGAGACUUCAACAAGUUAGCUAAGAUAUUAAAGCAGCUUCAUCAGAGUUGUCAGACUGAUGAAGGUGAGGAUGACCUUAAGAAAGGCACCCAACUGUUGGAGAUCUACGCUCUGGAGAUUCAAAUGUACACGGCCCAAAAGAACAACAAGAAGUUGAAGGCAUUAUAUGAGCAGUCUCUGCAUAUCAAGUCUGCAAUACCGCAUCCACUCAUAAUGGGCGUCAUUAGAGAGUGUGGUGGUAAGAUGCAUCUGCGCGAAGGCGAGUUCGAGAAGGCGCACACGGAUUUCUUUGAGGCGUUCAAAAACUACGACGAAUCCGGCAGCCCACGGCGAACCACUUGCCUCAAGUACCUCGUCCUAGCUAACAUGCUCAUGAAGUCCGGCAUCAACCCUUUCGACUCCCAAGAGGCGAAGCCAUAUAAAAACGAUCCAGAGAUUCUCGCCAUGACGAACCUGGUGAUGGCGUACCAGAACAAUGACAUCAAUGACUUCGAAUCCAUACUGAAACACAACAGGAACAAUAUAAUGGAUGACCCCUUCAUCAGAGAGCACAUUGAGGAUUUGUUGAGGAACAUCAGAACCCAAGUGCUGAUCAAACUGAUUGGCCCCUACACCCGCAUCCACAUACCAUUCAUAUCUAAGGAGCUGAACAUUGACGAGAAGGAAGUGGAGAAUCUUCUUGUCACAUGUAUUUUGGAUAACACGAUCAGUGGCCGCAUCGACCAGGUGAACGCGGUGCUGGAGCUGGCGAGUGGGGCCCGUGGCGCGGCGCGCUACUCCGCCCUGGACAAGUGGACCACCCAGCUGGCCGCGCUCCACCACGCGCUGGCCAACAAGAUGGCA